CGAAUAAAACACUCGUGGCUUCAAUUCUAUGUUCUCUCUUGGCGUGAAGUUCUCGGUUAACAUUGUGUGUUGUGGUUUCAGGUCUUCUUCGUCUUUCAGUGACUGUUGAUUACACGUAUUACAACUGCCUGUGGAUUUUUUGACCGACGCAGGUGUUCAUAUUUUUCCCACAUGCUCUAAAAUACUGCUCCCCACACUCCUCCAGCACUCAAGGUACCUUCAAGAUGAACGCAAACAUACACAGGGUGGACUUUAAACAAAGAAUAUAUUAAUUUAUCUUUAUUAUUUGUUCCCACACAACCAGCUGGAACUAGCUAUUUUAUCGUAGAUCAUAUUUUGAACACAAAUUUAGUGUUUCUAAUCAAUGUUUCAGUUCCAAAUGGUGCUUAGUCAUUCCACUAUAUCCGGUCAACACCUCCACGGGCCUACUGUUAGCUUUAAGCCAGUACUUUUACCAAGCUAAUGUUAAUAAACCCCUGUACAGUAUCCGUCAUAGUGAUUUAAGUACAACAAGUAGAUGCUUGCAUUUUGUGAUUCCUAGUUACUAUUUUUUAAGUUUUCUUCCUGACGGAUAUGACGCCACCACUUCUGGCGAGUCCCAGUCGUUGGUCACUACGCAGAAAUUGCAAGGUUCUAACUUGGAUUUUGUGUUAUAUCCCACAGGUGAUCAGUCCUAUCGAAUAUUUAAGAUAAUAGAAUUUGACAGUCAGCUCAUGAUACUAUACCAAUAACUAUAGUAUAAAAACUGCAAUGUUUAUUGUAUGUUGCUCGCUACAUUAAGGAAAUGGAACAGUCAAGUUACGUGUUUGUGGGUAGUUUUAUGUGUGCUGACCUCAUUAUCGAAUAAUCGUUUAUAUACCAUAAGAUAAAUCUAAAACAUACUCUCCUGUAGCCCUGAAAUUUUUACCUGUUUUAACCAAGGAGUUGGGAGAGAAUGUGAAUAAAUAAACUAUUAUAAGAAAUCGAAAAACUAACAUGGGAUUUACUGUCUUCACAUGACUUAUAAACGUUUUUACGUUGUUCAUAAGUUAUUGACCGUUAAAUUUUACGGUCAGGAUCGGUGUUCGAGCUGUUAUUUAGGGUUUAUGUUUAUCAUGACCCAUAAACUUUAAUCAUGCACACAACUAGUCUUCAAAGUCUCAGUUAGUUUUGCAAUUGAUCUAUAUUUUAACUCUUAAAUCGUAACCAUAUGCUCUCUUCAUAUCAUAAAUAUUACUUCUUAACGCCGAAUUUUAGUCCUAAAAUCUCCUAUCUAACUCUGAAUCCUAGUUCAAGUCAUAAUUUACAGUAUCUAAUAAUGCUUCCACUAAAAUUCACCAUGAUGCUCUUGAUACUCAAUAUCUUGGUUUGACGUUGGAUAAGCUCCAAGUCAGAUGAAUAUACGUUCCAUGACUUUAAAUUAGCGGUUUUGGUUCUUGAUGUAUUUGGUAAUGUACUUAAGGUUUACAUAGAUGAGUUACAGUAUACUAACAGUAUUGUCUGAGCCUUAAGAAUUGGUCAGAACUCUCAACUUUUUGUCUGCAGCUGUAAUACAAUAUUUUGUGCUCACUAAAUGUUCCCCAUAAAACUCACUUGUAACAUGUUUAUUAGGUAGUGAAAGUGUUGAGAUUACGAUGAUAUCCUAUCGGGAUUCGGUUUAAGUCCUAGUAGGUAUCAUCACUACAUUAAGUAUCCAAAGGGAAACGUAUGGUGGAGUAGACCCUUUGUGUGGUUUAAUUCUUUGAAGUUGUUCAGUAUUAACCAUUUAGAUCCUUUGACUAUUGGGAUACAAAGCUACCGAUUUCGUAAUACUAAUCGGUAACGGGGUGUGGAAGAUGACGUGUGCUUAUUCGAUACUAGCCGGUUAACGUAAAAGCUUGUUACUGAGUAUCAGUUCGAGUUUCCAAACCUUACUUUAGUAUGUCAGGAAGGAAAUUUUCAAAAAGAUGUUUCAAAUUAAACCUCGUUGUAAACAUAACAUUAAAGCAAUUUUUACGGUAAUUAUAAUCUAAAUAGUGAUUAGCAAAAUAUGAAAGUCUAAAUCACACACAUUUGGCCUAGUUCGAACUUUUCAUAGUAUUAGAGAUACGUAGUAUGUACUUAUAAAGUUAAAUCUAGCUGUUGACAAAAAAUAAAUAAAGUUCCAUGAAAUACAGUUAUUUAUGGUUGGAAGUCUAAAAUUUUAAGUUGGUAUGGAAUUAUCACUCAGUACUGUAGAGUACUAUUGCAACUAAUAAACUUUCUAUCAAAUCACUUAAUAAUGACCGAUCAAUUCUGCUAAAUUAUAUGGGCUUUACUCCGCUUCAGAUCAAGGACUGUAUUUCGUCAACAUUUUCUUAUGUUUUUCUGUAUUGGGUUGCGGAGGUUGUUGAACUUAAUCCAAAUCAUGAACCGAUCUAAGUUGAACAACCGUUGAACGCCGACUAAUUGGUCUGGAGAUUAGACGUUCGCGUUCAAAACUGGGAGUUCUGGAUUGAAGCUCCGCGUGCAGGAUCGUGAGUAUGGACUUCCGAAGAGUCCUGUACUAUGACGAAUUGGCUGUCCAGUGCUUUCAGAUUUUCAAUGUCCUAACUUAGAUCGGUUCAUCGUUUCAUUGAAAUUUCCAUUGUUUGCUGUAUGAAAGUCUAGAUACGUGAUUUUCGAGAAUGAGGUCUCCUAAAGUGUCGUUAGGUUUGGUGGAAAGGUCCCGCCGGAUGUAAUAUUUGCUUAUGCAGAGCGCUGUCAUUCUUGUACUCUACAAUAACGUUAGAAAUGGGACCUAAUUUGCAAACAUCCAAUAUCGUUCUAAGUUUCUAAUUUUUUUUCUCACGAAAAUGCGUUUUCUGCUGUUGUCAAUUAUCGAUAUACAUACUUCUUGAUCUCUUAACUAGCUAACCCUUUCUGCAAACCCAUUCAUUCUCUCAAUUAUCGGCUUAUUUGUGUGCGCUGGAAAUCGUAUAUAUGAACAGAGCUAUCAUUACUCAAACCUCUCUUAAGUUUAGAAAAUAUGGUUAGUUGGGGAUUCGAUGUGGGGGUUGAUGUGAUAAUUUGGUAAAUAUAUGUAGAAAUGUUUACGACUAGUUCAUAACCUAUAGAUUAUAGAUAUUCAAUCUGUGAGACAAGAAAAUUUGAUGGUCGGGAUUUAUUUGACAAUGUCUUCACCGUUUUCUGUGACCAAGUUUGGUUUUCUUUGUUCUUUUUUGGUAGGUUAGUGAUAUAAAAUUGACUUCUACACUCUACAUUGUUGAUAUUUUUGUUUUAUUCUCUUAACGAGUGAGCAUGAGAAACAGCACUUUUCACUAGGCCUUUGUUCAACUUAAAUAUUUAAGUAUUUGGUUCUAAAAUUAUUAUUCACCAUAUUUUUCUUCGUAUUCUAAUUUUCUAUUAUGCGAUAUCAUUCAUUAUUUGUUUGAGACUUAAUUCUAUGUUGUUGCAAAUUUAUGUGUAUACCGUUUGCUUGCUUAGAAGGAAUACAUUCAAUUAUAAAAGAAUGGUAGUACUCACUUGUACACAAAUCACCACAUCGUCUUGUCACUUUUCAUUAACAUAUGGUUAUUGCCAAUGACUGAACUAGCUUCGAGCUACGCACAAUCCAGCAACUAUGUACGAAAAACGGGCCACACUUUGAAGAAGAAAAAGCAAGUUCCUCCCCCCAAAUAUUUGUGUGUUCCCGGUUCAUUGGCACUUUUGGAUAGGAUUUCAAUUAUUGAUAAAUCUAACUCAUUAUGCAGUGAAAUCAAAUGUUUAUUUCAAAACAAUGAUAUAGAUAUCGAAGUUGAAAAACUGCAAGCGCUCCAGAAUGAUCCCGACCCUAGCGUCGUCCAGUUAGAAAGUGAAUCUAAAGCCAAAUCUUUGAAAAUUGGAAAAUCUCGUCGUCUAUUAAGGAAAGAACUGAAACGCGAAUGGUUAGAAGUUUCGGAUUGCUGUGUUUUCUGGUCUCACAUAUUGCUGGGUUCAAAUGAGAUUAUUCGAUGUUUAGAGAGUUCUGUAUGUAAUAAAAGUGAAAAUAGCCAGGAAACUCAAGGAAGGAGGAUAUCAUGUGUUUUCGUUGAUUCUGGUUGGCUGGCAUCACAUUAUGGUCACCAUUUGGCGAAUUUGUGUGCUCUGUUGAAUAUUAGAUUAGUGGCAAUCAAACCGACAGGAUCACUACCUGAGUUAGUUACAACUAAGUUUAAACCUGUAAAAAAGCUGGCAGUUUUGGGGUUUUGCCUAUCUAAUGAGAUUCCAUCAGAUCUCUCUGACAUUUGUAAACAAAUCGAGAUCAAGUUUCCUACACUUGGUGAUAAUACUAGUAGCAUUUCAGCUUCAAUGGACAUUAAAAGACGCGAGACUUCAUUUAAAAUGGCUAUUAAUUGUUCAAAAGCCACUUCAUUAGUCGAGAAAAAAGAAAGUUGGGAGGAUGUUCAAAUUAGUUCAAAAUUAUAUGAUUAUAGUUCACCACCCCAUAAAUUUACUAUCACUGAAUUUCAGUCAUACCUAUCUUCUCUCAUUCUUCAGUCAUUUGAAAGUGAAAUUGUUCAUGGUAUGCUUGAUAGUGACAAUCAAUCUGACUUUGAAUACAGUUAUGGCUUUUGUGCGUAUAAACCACCUGUGUUAAAACGGGUUGUCGCUCGAACAGAACGUAAAACUCGAAAGCGGAAAACGUUUGCAUCUGCCAAUUUUCAGCCAAAAACUCCAGUAGAAAAAAAGACAAACAAUGAUACAUGCGAUAAGGUAAAACAAGAGGAGUUGCUACCUAUGGUUUGAUAAAUCCACUUUAUUACUGAAUUUUGUAAACCUGUGUAACCGGUGUGUAAUAAAAUUUCAUUUAUUCUCUUUAACUUUGUUUUGUUAUCAUUUAUUUGUAUGUGUUGGUUAAUAUGAAUUGUUUGAUAAGAAAAGUAGUUGGUUCUGGUAGAUUUUAGAUUCACUUUUAUUUACGUUGGCACUGUCAAUGUCAUUCUCCGAUGUGACCACCCCGAUAACUCUCUCAUUCGACUUAAGCAAACAGCGUAAAACACAACAAUAGGCAGAAAAGAUGUAUAUUCAUACCGAAAAGUUACAAAGUAUUUAAAUAAUAAUACACAUGCAUAGCUUUCAAUUGUCCAUUUGCAUCCUUCUGUGUGUUCUGCCACCUAAACUGUCUUCUCAACUGGUUUCCAAGUGUUCUACCAACGCCGUGCUUUUGAUGCACAGAAACUCUUCACUCCGUCUGACAAUUGUUGCAACUUUGACGCUACGUUCCGCUACACACUAAUUACAGAUAUCUUAUGAGUAGCGUCCACUACAAUAGAACAACUAAGUGUACAUUGCUAAAGAUAUCGUAGUUAGCACUUGAACAAAAAUUUGCAUCAAAUCAACUAAUUUAAUUUCUCCACUUAGAAACUUAUGCCUAACUGCAAUGUGGUUGACUCGAUGAAUACAUGGGAUAUAACUUUUCCUCAUAGAUACCGCAUUUCAUAACUGAGUUAGUUACUGUAAAUUCUUUUACAUUUCUAAACUUGGCCUUGAAAUGCUGACCACUUCAAUAGAUCAUUUAUUUCAGCAGGACAAUCAUUGACAAAAGCUUACUCCAUGGCUAUGAACAUUCUUUUAUUACGUUACUAGGUCUCUGAGCUUUCGUUUCUGAAAGCUAUGUUUAACACACUGUAAGCCAACAGUAAGUUUUUUAUAUCGGAAGACAGGUAUCACUAGCUAACUUUCUAUAAUUUCAUCCCAUCAGUGUAUCCCACGUCAACAAAACACACAAGAUCAUUCAUUUGAUCUCACCCAGCGAGUAGGGAGCACAAACACUUAGGUGGAUCUCAUGGUAUCCCGGUUGAACACGCGGACAGUGGUGAUCGCCUGCUACUUAUUAUUCCUGCCAAAUACAGACUUUAAGCCUAAAAUGAGACAUUGUCUAACCUAGUGACUCUAAACAUCAGAACAGCGUUGAGAAAAAAUUGAUCAUAUCACCAGUCGUUACUGGAGAGGCCCGACAGAAUUUUGCCGCUCCUUCCAAGACAAAUCCUUGGACUGGGAUCAUGCACGAGUGCGAGAAAGCAUUUCAACGCAUCUUACUGGACGUAGGAAAAUCACAACAAAAACAGCCCUUAAAUAUUGUUUGGGAAAAGGAAGACGUCAAAGACAAAUCAAGGGAAGAGUUAGCUUAUCGCCUAGUUGAUCGGGAAAAAUAGUUAGCCUUGAAGAAGCUUGGAAUGAUAUCCAAACACUUGUUAGUACAUCAAUGACAUCUCCCAAUAACUUGCAUAGAAAAUUUAAGCCAGUAGAUUUCGUUACUAUUUAAUAAAUUGAUAGAUGUUCAAAAGCUCAUCUAAGCAGGCUUAAAAAGCGGUAAAGAGAGGCAACAACUCGGACACAAACGAGCAAAAUUUCAACGGAAUGAUCUUGAGCAAUAGUGAGAGAAAAGCAAAAGAGACUGGUGAGGCAGCGGCGCCAGACAACACUAAAAAACUGUUCCGAUUCAUCAAGGAAACAGGUAUUAAAAAGGGAACCAUUUUUAGACUACUUCACAAAAAUACAACCACCAUUCCCUCUGCUUAGAAGUUAAGACUGGUUGGUAGGAAAUUUCCGGAAACAGUUCAUCUGCCUCCCGCUGUCUACUAUUACUUAUUAUUUUCAAACAACCUAAUUUAGAGAUGCGAUUGGCCCCUCGACUCUGGCUGGGAUUUAAUAGGUUAUAUCUAAUCUACAGCGAGGAAGAACAGGAGGCUCUUACUGAUUAAUCUCGACGAUCUUCAGCAGUGGAGGUUCAGUUUUAGUAGUAAAUUUGACGCAGAUAUCAGCUGAAGCUUGGGAACUAUAGUCACUCAGGUUUAGACAGAAUGACUGUCUACAAACCAAAGGGCCUGUAUGCAGCUCACCAAUCUUCUCUGCACUACUUUAUGGCUGAGAAACGUGGUCUAUGACAGUAGAAGACAUGAAUGGGCUCCAGGCUUUUGACCAUAAGUAUCUUCAAAGUACUACUCGCAUGUUGUGGAACGACCGAGUGAACAAUGCUGAGGUUGGGAAUAGGGUACUAGACAAAGAUGGUCAACCGGUUCGUGAGGUUGUGAAUCUUAAUCGACUGAAGUAAUUGAGACAUGUGUCGUGUAUACUCAGACACCCUCUACCUCGAAGUUCAAUAUUGACUGGAGCAAGACUAAGUCGGAAUAAAUCUAAGAACGGUCAAAUCAAGACGUGAAACCAACCCGAGGCAGGUGACUGCUGGUCUAACCUAUGUGUGGUGGAUGCAGUUCACCUGGUCGGGGUCCACAAAAUAACUGAUAUUAAUAUUUUGAGACAUUGAAUAAAACGGCUUCGAAUCGUUGACAAUAAUGCGCAUCCAUUUAUUCUUUAUCUUUCUUUAGAUUUUGAGUUCUAGUAUCUCUCCAUACAUAUAUUUACGUUCCUUCUUCUCGAGCCAUAUUUUCAACCUUUAGCCUUUGUCAAUAACAUUGAUACUACUAUUAUUUCGAC